UCCGGUAAAUGGCACGCGCCAAGUACGAAAUAUAAUAGGGUAGUAAACAGAACGCCCAGUACGAAAGAUGGUGAUAUCCGGGAGCCAGGAAGAUUGUGCGGAGAGCCGGUUUUCCCACCUUAUACAGCCCAUAAAGGACCUGACCAAGAACUGGGAUGUUGACAUUGCUGCAUACCUGGAAGACUAUCUGGAAGAGUUGGAGCACACAGUCAUAUCGUUUGAUGGAGGAGCUACAACCAUGAACUUCGCACAGGCAGCCAUGUUAGUUCAGAGCUCUGCCUGUGUGUACAGCAAAAAGGUGGAAUAUCUGUAUAGCUUGGUCCACCAGGUUCUGGAUAUGCUAGCAAACAAAAAGAAGCAAGCCCAGAAGACGUCAGUGGAUGAUGACGGGAAUGAUGCUGAUGCAGAUUUCAAUGACAAUGAUGCCGAUGAUGACUUCCUCAGUCUUGACGACCUUCCAGAGGGGAAAAACCUCUACAUGAAGGAAGACUUUGACAAAAGAGAGGAUUUCCAGCUAUUGCCCGAGAUGCCCCUGUGUCUUAUUCCACACGAUGAUGGGGAGAAAGGGGAAAACCCUCUUCUCAGCAAGAAAGGUGAAGUGUUGGCCAGCAGGAAUGACUUCAAGAUGAACACGUGUUGUAUACACAGUAGCGGCACACUGCUACUGGACAUGUCACACCUAAUUCUACUCCACCAGUCAAUACAGAUGCAGUGUGACCUUCAGAACAGACAGACAGGUGAAUGUGUUUCCAUGGAUACAGAUCAACUUGAUGACAGCAUUCACAGCCUGCCUGCAGUUGAAGAGGAUCCUCUAGAGCACAGCUAUCAUGCUCCAGCAGACAUGGAGGAUGAUGUCCCACCAACAGAUUUGUCCAAUAGCAAUGAGGAGGUGGUUGGUGUAGAACUUCGGCGAUCUGAAAGGAACAGAGACAAGUUGACAGCUGUCCAAAUAACAAAUCGACCACAGGUUGACCCUUGGAAGGAAGUUGACCCCCAUGAGGAGACGAGGAAAGCUAAACCUGCCACUAGGAAAGGUCGCCAGUACAAGCUGUGUCCCGGGCUGGAAGACAAAUCUGACAAAACAAAGAAGAGGAAAAGAAACAAAGCUGCAGAAGAGAAAACAAAACUGGAAUCAAUCGCCAGCUACAUUGAGCGGUCUGAGUACUCAAACAUUGAUAAGUUUCCAAAGAAUCCCCUGAAAGUUCCCACAUGUCGAGAGUUUGAGCGUCUUUACUGGCUGGAAUACAAGAAAAGACAGGCACUAAACAGGCUAGCUCUUAAACAGAAGCGGCAGGGAGCAGUUGUUCCAGUAACAGAGCAGGAUGAUGAUGAUGAGGACGGAGAUGACAGGGAGAACAUCCUACCUCUUCCAAAUGUUCUAGAUGAUGAUGAUGGGGAUGACUUGGUGGAUGAUAACCUGUUCAACGCUAUUGACAAUGCUCUCAAUGACUCCAAUGGUGCAGGGUCGGCCUAUAGGACAUUUGAAGAGCGCGUUGGGGAGGGAAUUGUUGUGGACAGCUAUGAGGAUCUCGUCAGAAAACAUGUCGAGGAAUAUAUGGCGAGUGCCCAGAAAUAUGCCCAGAUAACAGAGCUCUCACAGCGUGUAGCCGAAUGGGAAGAUAAAAUCAUGCCGAAACUGGAAGAAGAAGAAAAACAUGGGUCAUUCGAUAUCAACAGAUAUGGUUCAUCAGUUAUCGAUAAUCUUGAUACCAGUCACACUGUUCGAUUCCGGGAUAUGGUCAGUGAAAAACCAGUAUAUGAGAUUUGCAGGACGUUUUUAGCUUCCUUGAUGCUGGCAAACACAACCAACAUUUUGAUAGAGGAAAAAGGUGUUCUAGAGCAGGGAAUGGACAUGUUCGAACUAAAACUGCUGUCACGGAAAAGACACUUUGAGGAAUUGCAGGAAUACAUGGCACCAUCACUUUCACAAACAUAGUGGUGUCAUCACUCUCACAAACAUAGUGGUGCCAUCACUUUCACACACAUAGUGGUGUCAUCACUCUCACAAACAUAGUGGUGCCAUCACUCUCACAAACAUAGUGGUGUCAUCACUCUCACUAACAUAGCAGUGCCAUCACUCUCAUGAACAUAGUGGUGCCAUCACUCUCACAAACACAGUGGUGCCAUCACUCUCACAAACAUAGUGAUGCCAUUACUCUCACAUACAUAGUGGUGUCAUCAUUCUCACAAACACGGUGGUGCCAUCACUCUCACAAACAUAGUGGUGCCAUCACUCUCACAAACAUAGUGGUGCCAUCACUCAUAGACAUAGUGGUGCCAUCACUCAUAGACAUAGUGGUGCCAUCACUCAUAGACAUAGUGGUGGCAUUACUCUCACAAACAUGGUGGUGCCAUCACUCUCACAAACAUAGCGGUGCCAUCACUCUCAUGAACAUAGUGGUGCCAUCACUCUCACAAACAUAGCGGUGCCAUCACUCUCAUGAACAUAGCGGUGCCAUCACUCUCAUAAACAUAGCGGUGCCAUCACUCUCACAAACAUAGCGGUGCCAUCACUCAUAGACAUAAUGGUGCCAUCACUCAUAGACAUAGUGGUGCCAUCACUCAUAGACAUAGUGGUGCCAUCACUCAUAGACAUAGUGGUGUCAUUACUCUCACAAACAUGGUGGUGCCAUCACUCUCACAAACAUAGCGGUGCCAUCACUCUCACAAACAUAGUGGUGCCAUCACUCAUAGACAUAGUGGUGUCAUUACUCUCACAAACAUAGUCAAGUAGUGCAAUCACUCUCACUACCAUAGUGGUGCCAUCACACUCACAAACAUAGUGGUAUCAUCACUCUCACAAACAAAGUCAAGUGGUGCCAUCACUCUCACUAACAUAGUGGUGCCAUCACUCUCACACACAUAGUCAAGUGGUGCCAUCACUCUCACUAACAUAUUGGUGCCAUCACUCUCAAAGAAAUAGUGGUGCAAUGACAGAAAAAGUGACAUCGCUAUGCUAACAGAAACAGUGGCAUCAUCAAUUUCAAAGCAAUAGUGGCCCCAUGUGUCAGCAUUAUUCUUAUAGAAAAAGUGGCGCCAUUAUACUCAAAGAGAAAGUGUCACUAUCUUUCUCACGGAAAUAGUCUGCAUCAUUCUUAAAGAAAUAGUGUUGCCAUCACUCUCACAGAAAUAGUGUUGCCAUCACUCUCAUAGAAAUAGUGUCACAAUCACUCUCACAGAAAUAGUGUCACCAUCACUUUCAAAGAAAUAGUGGCGCCAUUACUCUCACAGAAAUAGUGUCGCCAUCAUUCUUACAGAAAUAGUGUCGUCAUCACUCUUACAGAAAUAGUGGCGCCAUCACUCUCAAAGAAAUAGUGGCGCCAUUACUCUCACAGAAAUAGUGGCGCCAUCACUCUCACAGAAAUAGUGGCGCCAUAACUUUCACAGAAAUAGUGUCGCCAUCACUCUCUCAGAAAUAGUUCCGCCAUCACUCUUACAGAAAAGGUGGCGCCAUCACUCUGACACAAAUAGUUUUGCAUACUCUGCAUGGUUUUUUAUUGAUGUCAUAAGUCCUAGAGAAAACAGUUGUGACUCCAUAGAAGAUCAGUUAGAUGUAAGGAUGUGUUCAUUUGUGCAUAUGACUUACAAUCAUGACCACAUGAAGGGUUGAAAUCUUUUUUAUUCAUAAGUAAAAAUGAGUAUGAAACUGUCAAAUAAAGGGAACAGCUGUCAAAGAAUACUAUACAAUGUAAAAUAGUUGUAGUGUAUGCUUAUAAAGAUGAAAGAGCAAGUCUUGUAACAUCUGUAUUGUCAGCAAAUUAUCAAACAUGCAUGAUUAUCUCUGUUAUCAAUCUGCUUAUCCAGUUUUUACGACUACACAGUUUCUUAUCUGUCAUUUUUUCAAAUCUAAAUGAUAAAUCAAGUGCAAUAUACUUCACUAAUGUCAUGAUACAGGUAUUUAGUUUGCUUAUUAGAGCAAGAUGAUUUUUAAACAAAAGGAUGAUCCUACUGACUGCAUUCUACUUUUUCUUUAAACAGACUUAAGAUAGUAAAACUGUUUUAUAUGUUGCAUUCGUUUCUUUUUAAAAUAUCAAGACUAAAUACAAAUAGCAUGUAUAAAACUAUAUAACAUGCUCAUGCAUUUAAUUGCUCCAUGCAACACCUUUAGUUCAGAAAUAUUGCAUCAUUUCAUAAGAAACAUGCUGUAUGUAGAGUGAUGUUCACGAUUGCUUCAGCCACAUGUUUAAGGUAGAGCUUAGUUCAAAAUUGUUAUCAACCACAUGUUUUACAAAGAGUGAUAUUCACAGUGGUAUCAAUCACAUGUUAAAGGUAGAGUGGUUUUCACAAUUGUAACAACCAUCAGUUUCACAAAGUGAUGUUCACAAUUAAAUCAAUCCCGUCUAUAAAGUAGAGUGAUGUUCACAAUUGUAUCAAGAACAGGUUUUAUGUAGAGUGAUAUGUACAAUGGUAUCAAUCACAUGUGAAAUGUAGAGAGAUGUUCACAAUUGUAUACACCACAUGUUUUAUGUAGAGCGAUGUUCACAAUUGUAUACACCACAUGUUUUAUGUAGAGUGAUGUUCACAAUUGUAUACACCACAUGUUUUAUGUAGAGCGAUGUUCACAAUUGUAUCAACCACAAGUUUUAUGUAGAGUGAUGUUCACAAUUGUAUCAACCACAAGUUUUAUGUAGAGUGAUGUUCACAAUGGUAUACACCACAUGUUUUGAUGUAGUGAUAUGUACAAUUGUAUCAACCACAAGUUUUAUGUAGAGUGAUGUUCACAAUGGUAUACACCACAUGUUUUAUGUAGAGUGAUGUUCACAAUUGUAUACACCACAUGUUUUAUGUAGAGUGAUGUUCACAAUUGUAUACACCACAUGUUUUAUGUAGAGUGAUGUUCACAAUUGUAUACACCACAUGUUUUAUGUAGAGUGAUGUUCACAAUUGUAUACACCACAUGUUUUAUGUAGAGUGAUGUUCACAAUGGAAUACACCUCAUGUUUUAUGUAGAGUGAUGUUCACAAUUGUAUCAGUGACACGCUUUAUGCAUUGUAUACACCACAUGUUUUAUUCAUUUUUUUUCAAGAACAUGUAUGAUCCAUUUAUAUUUGCAACAAGAACUUAAAAAUAUGACCAUGUAAGCUAUUUCCAAACAGAGAGUCUUCUUGGGCAAGUGUGAAUUCAUUUUCAGUGGACUUGGGGCAAAGUUAAUGUCAAACUUGGCUGUGAUUGUACAAGUUCAUAUAAAAUACUGUUACAUGUACCAUAAUGAUUACAAUUAAAUAGUGUUUUAACUGUAUGUAUUGACUCAAGUUAAACCCUCAAUGAUUAAGAUGUACAGUUACCUCAUACACAUAUAAACUAGGUGUCACUUCAUACAUUUUCACAUGUGGAGAAAGAUUAAAUAUAUUUAAUGAUUAUAAAUAAUUUGGAUUUAACUGGGAAUAAAAGUUUACACUUCAGUCAUUGGACUAUACGAGUCAAAUGUAGCGUAAUGAUGGAUAGAAUACAUUAAAUCUUUGUUCUAUCUUGUAUAUUUACUGCAUAAUGAUGCAAUUUGUUAAAAUAUGAGUAACAUGUAUAGGAAUGUAGUGCAAAUACAUCGCAUUCAAUCAUGCUUUCAAUUAAAGUUCAAGAUUGCUAAAAUGUAUGUCUUUACCACAAAUAUUCAUCUUUUGCUUUUGGGUUCGGCAGUACUUGUUAUCACCAAAUAAACAUACAUUUGAAUUUUCCUAUCAAAUUGUUUAUGUUCUUUCACUUGUUUGCAUACAGUGUGUACGUGUGGAUUUCUGUCAGACUCCUGAAUACAGCUUAUUAUGUAGAAUGUAACUUUGCACUUGUAGUUUUAUAUUCUACUUUUAUUAUAUGAAUGUCAGUUGUUAUGUUUUGAAUAAAUGCUGCUAUACAUCUGCAUUGGAAAGUAAACAGUCCAGGUAUUGUCAUGGCCUUGGUGUUGGUGGUGUUGUCGUUGUUGUGCAAAAUUUAAUUCUUAUAAUUAUAUUGGCCAUAUUCAGAAACCAAUAAAGGUAUUUACAUUUAACUUUGUACAUGUUUCCCACAAGACGUUGCAUAUUGGUAUAUAAUGUGUACAAAAUCCAAUACUCUUGGCUAAUAUGAGUUUUAUAAUAAUUGUUCAUUAUUGAUUGUUAUUUGUUCAGUUGUGCCCUUAAAUUUAUAAACUGUUGGCUUAUCUCAGGAAAUUUCUGUGAAAUGGAAAUGUUUGAUCGAGCAAUUUAGAUAAUGGAUCAGAAAUUUAAAAAAAUGGCAAGCUGACAUUUGACCACCAAGAGUGAACUUGAUAUUAACAGUACAUGUCUGGAACAGGCACUCCGAAUGUUUGUGCCUAGUUUUUAAAAAAUAUUCAAAUACUAAAAUACCCCAAAAAUUGAAACAUUAAUAUUAAAUUAUAUUAAUCUCAUAAUGUAAUUUAGAGCACCACUUCACAUGCUGGUAAAAUUACUGUGCACCAUGUGACUCUUGCUCUAGUACUUUUGUAGACAAGCGUAACACAAGAUUGCAUGCUUGGCUGUGACUUUUGAUCCCUUGUUUGGUCUCAACCAAAU